GGAAGAAAGACCGGGGAAAGAGGAGGACCAAAUUCACGUCACCAUGUGAUACAUGGCACCAUUCCAUUGGUCUGUUUUGGUUUGAUAAAAUUACUCACCAACUUUUCCCACGACAGAACACUGUUACACCGGAGAAAGAAAGGAGAGAGAUAACAGAGAGAAGGAGAAGAAGAAGCCAUGAACAGAAGAACAAGUUUGCUUAUUCGAACUCUCAUAUUCCUCUUCAUCCUUAACUCUUUGUCUCUCUUCUACUACUUCACCCACCACCACUCACCAAAACCCUCUUCAUCUUCUUCAACGUUAAAAUCUUCUCCUUUUAAAGUUAACAACUAUCUCACACCUAUUUCCCACCAAACGCACUUUUCAAAGCCAUGGCCUAUUCUUCCCUCCUACCUACCCUGGCCGCAGAGCGCCACCACCGCCCCUCUCCGCUCCUGCGAGGCCUACUUCGGGAACGGAUUCACACACCGCCGUGACGUUCUCCACGCCCGAGACGGUGCCGGGUGGUUCCGGUGUUGGCACAGCGAGACUCUCCGGAGCUCCGUGUGCGAGGGGGGCAGGUUGCGCAUGGUGCCCGAGAGGAUCGCGAUGGCGAGCGGUGGGGAGAGUCUGACGGCAGUGAUUGGGCGGAGGGAGGAGGAGGAGUUGCCGGCGUUUCAAGAAGGUGCUUUUGAGGUUGACGGGGGUGGAUUCGUUGACCGGAAGUUUCUGGUUGACCGUGAAUUUUUGGAUCGGUUUGUACCGAGGGGAGAGGUCACGAGGCACACCAUGAGGGACUUGAUCGGCAAGAUUAGGAUCGUGGGAGGGAAGGAUUUUGAAUGUGAUGAGUGGAUUGAGGAACCAACACUUCUGGUGACACGUUUUGAGUAUGCUAAUCUUUUUCAUACUGUUACAGACUGGUACAGUGCUUAUGUUUCUUCUAGAGUCACUGGUCUGCCUAAUCUACCACAUUUGAUCUUUGUUGAUGGCCACUGUAUGGCUCCUCUUGAAGAGACAUGGAAGGCUUUAUUCUCAAGCCUCAGAUAUGCCAAAAACUUCAGUGGUUCAGUUUGUUUUCGUCAUGCUAUUCUCUCACCAUUGGGAUAUGAGACAGCAUUGUUUAAAGGACUAACAGAAGAUAUAGAUUGUUCUGGUGUUCCUGCAAAAGAACUGUGGCAAAAGCCCGAUGACCACAAAACUGCACGCCUUUCUGAGUUUGGAGAAAUGAUAAGAGCAGCAUUUGGGCUACCUUUAAACAUACGGCGUGAUGGAAAACCACUCUUUGGACACAAUGUCCUCUUUGUUCGCCGAGAAGAUUAUUUAGCUCAUCCACGUCAUGGUGGUAAAGUUGAAUCACGACUAAGUAACGAGCAAGAAGUCUUUGAGUCCUUGAAGAGCUGGGUAUCUGGUUAUAAAGGGUGUAAAAUUAACCUUGUCAACGGAUUGUUUGCACACAUGUCAAUGAAGGAUCAGGUUCGAGCCAUUCAAGAUGCAUCAGUCAUCAUUGGCGCACAUGGGGCUGGUCUUACUCAUAUAGUAUCUGCAUUGCCUAAAACUGUGAUUUUGGAGAUCAUUAGCAGCCAAUUCAGACGCCCCCAUUUUGCAUAUAUUGCACGGUGGAAAGGUUUGGAGUAUCAUGCUAUCAACCUUGCCGGAUCACAUGCCGAUCCUGGAACUGUGAUCAAAGAGCUUACUGACAUAAUGAAAAGCCUUGGAUGUUGAGUGUUUUGGGCUUUGGAAGUAUUGAAGAUAUCUGUGUGUGCUUGAGUGAAGGUGAUCUUUAAUUCUCCUUGAUUCACAUCUCAUAUUUGGCUUGCAAUGUUCCACCCUUGAUUGCAGCCAGUUUGGUUAUUGCUGAGUGAUACAAAGUUGCUGAUAUCAAUUGUAGCAGAAGUAGCAUAGCUCUUCUAAACUGAAUUAGACUUGACAAUUCUACACUACCCUUGAAGGUUGCAGGAUCGAUGCCAUGAGAAAGAUUCAUUUGUUUUGGUUUAUGUAGAAUGGUGGAUAGUUAGUAGCUGCAGAAUAUGGCAUUUUGCAAUGGGUUUCGUUUCCUUUCACCCGAUUCUUGUCUCACAAGUUGUAUACAGAAGAGGGGUCUCAAAUUUUUCACCUGUACAUUGAUUUAUUUCCCACUCAAGACUUUGUUGUACAAUAGGUUUAUCCCUUAGCUCAUUUCUUUUUUUUUAAUUAUCAUUUUUGAUACUGAUACAAUGUUACCUAAUUUUGAGAUGACCAUACAAAUUGCAUU